AUGACAAAGGAGCUAUUGGGACUCGCUGUUACGUACACUAUUCAGUCAGGAAGGGAUGAGUUGAUUGGGAGUUUAGCCCUGCUUAUUGUUCGGCCUACACAUAGAAACUCUGGUAUUGGAAGAUCUUUACAUGACGUUGCACUUCGACAUCUAUCAAAGCAGCCAGGAAUGACAUCACUUCAGCUUGGAAGUAUAUUUCCUCGUAUAUUUCCAGGUCUGCCUGUAGACUUGCCUGCUGAGGACCUGUCUUGGUUUUCCCACCGAGGCUGGAAAUUGGGAGACAAAUUUAUCUAUGAUUUAAUGAUGAAAAUCGAUAAUUGGACGGUUCCUGAAGGUAUCCUUGGUCCACUACAAGAAAAAGGCGUUUCUUUCGGCUGCUGUAACGCAAACCAGUUUGAUGCGCUGCUUGACUUUGAAGAGAAGAACUUCAGCACGUACACUGGAUGGGUGGAGAAAUACCACUCGUUAAAAGCAACGGAUGAUAUUGCAGACGCUAUGAUCGCCUACACAAGCGAAGGGAUUGUCGGAGCUGCUUUUAUUUUUAGUCCUGUAGGGAACAACCAGAUGUCUAGGGAUGUACCUUGGCCGAAGGUAAUAGGGGAGAGGGUUGGAGGGUUGGCUUGUUUAGGUGUUGGGGCUGGAUAUCGGGGGCAGGGCGUUGGGUUGGGUUUGAUUUGUGCGGCAAUUUUGGAGUUGAAACAAAGGGGCAUGCGUGCAUGCUUUGUAGACUGGGUCGACCUUGAAGGAACCUACGAACAACUUGGGUUUGCCCAGUGGGGAAAGUACAGGGAGAUUUGGCGGAACGUUGCAUAA